UCUCUCUCUCUCUCUCUCACUUCGCACUGCAGAGACUUUAUUGCAGCGGUUUUUUCGUCGCUGUCUGGGUCUCUUCAACAGAAGGCCGCCACCUGGUACCGUUUACAACCCGGAGUUAGCUUACCUAACGUUAGCUAGCUGUUAGCUACGUUGGAAGACGUUAAGAGAAAACCGCGCAGCCUUGCUCUUAUUUUUUUCAUCAGUCCUGUUGAAUUUGUUGAACGUUUUAAACGCCCCCUCUCUCAGCCAUGAGGACCCUGUCGGCGUGGACGCUUCUAGCACUCCUCUCUCUGUUAGCAGUGAAAGGUCUGGGACAGGAUCUGGAUCUGUCUGAUGCUGUUGAUGAUUUGCCAUCCACUCCAGCCCUUAAGCCCAAACCAAAAGAGCCAGCUGGAGGAGAAGGAGCAGGAAGAGAUCUAGAUCUUGCAGAUGUUUUUGGUGAUGAUGAUGAUGAUUAUAAACCACCCACCCGUAAGCCUCCUGUCCAACCUGUGCAACCAAAAGACCCUGUAAAGCCCAAGCCUAAACCAGAGGAGACGCACUCCGGUUUCUUUGGGCCCACCGUGCGGCCAGAAUUGUUGCCCCGCACACCUGCCAGACCACUCCGAACUCCUGCUCCCCCUCGCAAGGGCCAGGCUGAUGCAGACUUUGACCUUAGUGAUGCUUUGGACCCCAGCAAUGACAUUGGAGGAAAAGGCAAGGACACUGGCAAAGGAGAUAAAAGUCUUGGAGGAGGGGGGCGAGGUGAUGGCAGACCCAAUAUCAGAGGUGGAAAUGGUGGUGGUACCUUUACUGAUGAUGACCUUUUCGAUGUGGGAAAUGAUAACUCCUACAAACCUGAUAAAGGAAAAGGUGGACGUGGGUCUGCCAGUACCGAUUUGGACUCUAACGAUAAUGGUGAUUAUGACACAAUGGCUGAGACUGGGACCAUUGCUGGGAUUGUAAGUGCUGUUGGCAUGGCUCUGGUUGGUGCAAUCAGCGGUUACAUCUCCUACCAGAAGAAGAAGCUGUGCUUCAGCAUACAGCAGAGUCUGAAUACAGACAUGGUGAAAGCAGAGAAUCCAGAGGUUGUUGUGGCCCAGGAACCUCAAGUUCAACAGACUCUUCUCCAGCCCCCGAACGCUGAACCACCCACAGAAGAUAAUGCAGUGUAACCUGUGCUACAUCUUCCAGCCUGAAGAGGGAGCAGUACUUGAUGCAGAUUCCCUCUUGACUGGGAAAACUUCAUCUUUCCCGACCUGCACCAUUUUCCCUCUUAAUCCUUUUCAGAUUCCCCAUUCAGAAUUUCCACCUAAUCGGACUUUGUGCAAACAUAAUAUUUAUUGAACUGCCUUCAUUACUAGUAACGUGACUGUUUACAAUAUUAUUCAUAUGAAGUGGUCAGUUCUGCAAUUUCAUCAGAUGAAGAAUAGCAGCUUUUAAGUUUCAAAGGGAAAUGUGUAUUUGAUGGAUUUUACAGACGCAGAGAGACAAAAUUUCCCACAGCUUAGCGGCCCUGUGUCUCUUUUUGCUUCUUGGAGUAUCACUGUGUAACUAAUAUGCAUCAUUAACACAGCCAGUUCAUAAAUCACUGAUUUAACAGAAUGUUGCAGAAAAAUGCGCACAGAUAACCUACAAAUCUAAAAAUACUGAACACUUUAAUACAUCUGAUAACCCAUGGAAUCCACUUCUGUAGGAAGUGUUUUACCUUUGAAUGAUUGUUGAUUGAGGUGACCCUUAAACUAACCCCUCAGCUGCGGAAAAAAAGGAUUUCUGAGCUUUUUAUGCACACCCUUUUCACAAAUGUCAAAUGUUUUUACAUGAUGUGUAUAUAUAUUUGCCCUGCUUUUACAGAAUAAUGUGAAGUAACUGUUGUAUAUAUAUGCAGUUUUUGUGUCCUAGAAUCAAACUAGUUUCUAGAGAAAGUACGGAGGCGUAAAAAAAACAAACAGACUUGACGUUGAUGUCAAGCACUAACCUACAGCUGCUCACAUUUUAAUUUGCUUUUAAAAGUAAGUGACAACUGGAAAUGGAGGAACCUGUGUGAAGCACUGACUGAGAAAGAAACUGUGUUGAGUCCUUGCUAACUUGCUUUGUUUUUUUGCGUGCGUGUGUGUUAAGAAUAUUGUUACAACAAUGGUAGCAGUUCAUGUUUCUGAUGAGAAAUAGGUGAAUAUGAAGAUGAUGACUAGAUGUUGUUGUUAUUGUAUGAAAUGUAUGAUGAAGGCCUAAUGGAAGGAAUACACACAGCUGAAGAAGCUGAGGCGAUUCCUACAUUAGUGUGGUUCUUGAACAGCUUAUUACGUUUUGUAAUCCUUAGUAUGGAAUUUGCCUUUUUGGGAUUUUUAAAAAUAUUGUGCUUGUAAAUUGUGUAUUGCGUGUAUUCAAGUUUGUACUCCGAUAGUUGUAUCAGUGUAUCCUUAUACACACUUGUAGCAGUAUAUGUACGGAAGUAUUUGUGUGCCCCGCUCUCUCUGCUUUAAUAGAAUGGGGUUGUCUUAACUUAGCGGUCUUGUUACUAGCAGACCUUUUUGUCUUUUAAUCCUUGUAUGAUCCUCUGUUGCACCCUUCAGCUUUGCUGAUGCCUUACAGAGAACUUUUGGCUGUGUUCCAGUUUGCCCUCGUUUGGUCCGUUUAGAAGAUGCUUUUGAUUGAGAAGGCCUCGUUUGGCUCUUCAGCUUUAUUCUGAAUGAUCUGUGAGGACCAGACAGGGUUCUGUAAGGCAGUUUUUGAAGAGAAACAAAGCAAAAAUGAAUCUGAGCACAGCCUACCAUUGCCCUGUUUUUCCUACCCGAGAUUUCCCAGCACUCUCUGUCACCUGUCACCUCCUCUUUGUCACGCUCACUUCUGAUGUACCUUCUCCAUCUUCUCCUCAGCCACUUCCAGCUGGUGCUUUCCUUUUCUAUGCCUUACCCUGCACACUGUGCACAGGGGGAAAAAUUGCAGCACUAACCACAGCAGAGGGGGACGCAGCACUGUCUCUGUACAGCACGAUUGGCUGCUGCUUUAGCUGAAUGUGUUCAAACCAGAAGUAUGUGGUUGAACUCUUGGUAGGACAUCUCAUCCAAGAACGCAGAUAAAACAACCAAAAUAAUAUUCCUCUUUCUCCAAGUUGACAGCCAGAACAGUAAGAUCUGAACAUCAACCAUGCAGGAUUUGUCCACAUUUAUCUAGAUAUAAAAAAACAAACAAACAAACCAAGCAAACAAACAUGUCCCUUUUCGGGAUCAAUAAAGUAUCUCUCUCUCUAUCUCUCUAUCUAUCUCUCUAUCUCUCUCUCUAUCUCUCUCUCUAUCUCUCUCUCUAUCUCAUUUACAUUUACAUUUAUGGUAUUUAGCAGACGCCCUUAUCCAGAGCGACUUACAACAGUGCUUCAAAGUUACUUAAGAUAUCCAAAGCUAGUUUGUAGACUAGGAUCAAGAGAUACAUAGAGCUUAAUCAUGUUAAGAACCCUAGGAACCUUUUUUUUAUUUAUUUAUUUUUUUUAUAUUAGUUUAGGAACUCUUUGAAAAGAUGUGUCUUCAGUCGACGUUUGAAGACCGUGAGUGACUCUGCUGUUCUGACAUCCAGUGGAAGUUCAUUCCACCACCUUGGUGCCAGCACAGAGAAGAGUCUGGAUGUCUGUUUUCUGUGUGUUUUGAGUGAUGGAGGUUCGAGCCGAGCCGUACUGGAAGCUCUAAGAGCUCUUGGUGCAGAUCUGGCUUUGACCAUCGCCAUCAGGUAUGAAGGUGCUGGUCCGUUUUUUGCCUUGUAGGCCAGCGUCAGGGUUUUGAAUCGGAUGCGGGCGGCAACAGGAAGCCAGUGGAGGGAACGCAGCAAAGGAGUCACAUGACUGAACUUCUCUCUCUCUCUCUAUCUGCACAAUAAUUCAAGCCCGGGAGUACCUUAUAAAGAAUUACACAAUUCUCUCUAAGUAGUGCACUUUACAAGUCAUGAAAAUACAGAUUCUAGUGCUUCUGCAUGUAGAUAUCGUUUUAUGCCUCAUGUAAAUGACUACAUAGGGAGUAAGGAGGGAUUUGAGAGAUUUGAGAUUUAGCCAGAAACAUGCCUAUGUUGUGAUGUCAUUUUAUUUUAUUUUUUAUUCUUUUGACUCUUCGUAACAGGGUUACUAGAAAUGUCCACCUGUAGAGUGUUUUAAAAAUGCACUGUUUUCAGUGACUCAAAAAAUGCUGAUUUUAUGUGGACAAGAGGCCAAACGCAGACCAAAUCCUCCUUUUCAAAAUACCUGGAUACAUGUGGACAAGGCCUUUACUGUCCCUUCAAAGCUUCAGCUAUUACUAGGCUACCUUUUCGCACAGCAUUGACAAAAUCACGUCCUAUCAAGGGUUCCGUUCCAUAUCUAUGGUUUCUAACUUACUAACAAACAAACAGAAUGUCUACUGAAUGUACCUUUUUCCUGUGCUGCCGUUUAGUUUGUUAGAUUUACCACUCAGAUGUAGCCUUGCUGGUGCUACAUUAGGCAAAAAUGCAGAACACCAAAGAUAUGGUGAAGAAGAGGGAGCGAUCUUGUCUCUUUGCAUGUGCUCUGAUGUUUCUGGUGACUGUUCGGAGGAGUUGGCUCGUAGCGAAAUUUUUUAAGUUCACUAAUGCCUUGACCACACACAAAUUUAAAAGCAGUGCUUUAUAGAGUUUGUUUUUCACUAUCAGACUGUUAAAUCCAGUUCCCCUACUUGGUGGAUUCAAUCGUUCAUCGUAAUUGUGGCUAUAUCAACGAAAUGAUCUUCAUAAUUCCAUAGAGGUCAUGAGUCGGAGGUUAAUUUUGGUCAGUAAGAGGAAUUCUGGGCCGUCUUCUCUCAUUUUGUAUACGGACUGCAACGCUCUUCAGUAAAGGGUGAACAUACAGAUGCAUGCUUUGGUUACCUAGCUAUAGAUAUUGACAUUUUUCUUGCGUACUUGGUUGACUUACGAAGUUUUCUAGGGAAGGAUUUUUUCUGAAGUGAUUUGGAUUUGCACUGCCAGUGACAUUAGCGUAUGUAAGCAUUGCAAUAACACCGAUGCCACAGAUCAGAUAGUAAUGCUGCACAGUAGGACUUUGCAUUGUGGGAUUGCUGCACUGUUGUCUACGACCUUGAAGAAAAAUACCUGGUCUGCUGCAUGGAAUCUCGCUGCUCUCACCUGUGCCUGUUCUAUUCAGUUCAGACUGUUGCUGAGGCGCAAACACACUCGAUAACGAGUGAAGAUUAGAGACUAUGUAAGAUCUAUUGACAAUCUAAACUGCUGCAACAGUUCCGUUUCUACUGGUUUUUAGCACUACAGAUCUGUUCUCAAAUCUCCUUAUCUCACUGGCAAAUUGCUGACAGAAAGAGAUUAAUUGAACAAAAAAACAAUAAAAAUUUAAAAAAUUAAA